GAUGCCGGCUUUCUCACGUUUGCUCUCGAGGUUCACGUCGGUCCGUCGGUCCAUCCGCAGGAUCGUUUGAACGAAUGAGAAGUUUUGGCGUCGCUAGCGCGAUAUUCGCCGCGGCUAGGUACUUUAGUUGCGGUGCCAUGAAGCUUUCGCGGUUGCACGAUUGAACGUACAUACACGUAUACAUGCAUACACAUAUUUUUUCUCGAAAAAAAAAGGUUAUGAAUUCAGUUUUAGUUAUAGAAUUUCUUUGAUAAUUGUGACACGGUGUGAAAUAUCUUGCACAUUUUGUUAAAAUGAAACUGCUGAAACCUAACUGGGUUACUCACGAUGAAUUUCCCAUAUUUUCUGUUGAUAUACAUCCCGAUGGCAAAAGAUUCGCGACUGGUGGACAAGGAGGUGAUUCCGGCAGAGUGGUAAUAUGGAAUAUGCAACCAAUAAUUGAUGAGUCUGCGGAGAUUAAUCAAAAUGUUCCUAGAAUGCUGUGUCAACUAGAUAAUCAUCUUGCAUGUGUAAAUUGUGUUCGUUGGAGCAGUGGUGGCUUGUUGGCCUCGGGAGGAGAUGACAAGCUCAUAAUGAUAUGGAGACUAUCGGGAGGUAGUGGUGGAAGUUCUAUCUUUGGUAGCAAAGCCGGAGUCGAGACUUGGCGAUGUAUAGCGACACUCAGAUCCCACGAAGGAGACGUCCUAGACUUAGCGUGGGCACCUCAUAGCCCUUGGCUGGCCUCAGCAUCUGUUGAUAACAGUGUCAUCAUAUGGGAUGCAUCUAAAUUCCCAGCCGUGGUCGCUGUACUGAAAGGACAUACCGGGCUAGUAAAAGGUGUCACUUGGGACCCGGUCGGAAAGUACUUGGCGUCGCAGUCCGAUGAUAAAACAUUACGAGUUUGGCGGACUACAGACUGGGCUGAAGAAGCUUUAAUUUCAGAGCCAUUCGAAGAGUGUGGUGGCACGACUCACGUUCUUCGAUUAUCCUGGAGCCCUGAUGGACAGUACCUGGUUUCAGCCCAUGCAAUGAAUGGUGGAGGUCCGACUGCACAGAUUAUCGAAAGAGAUGGCUGGACACAAGACAAAGACUUUGUUGGACACAGAAAGGCUGUCACUUGCGUUAGAUUCAAUGGUAAUAUUCUACAAAAAAAACCUCCAGGUAGCACGAAACCUCAACAGUAUUGUUGCGUUGCGAUCGGAUCUCGAGAUCGUUCACUUUCGGUGUGGUUGACGUCACUCAAGAGGCCUCUGGUUGUGGUGCACGAAUUGUUUACUCAUUCAGUACUGGAUGCCAGUUGGUCUCCAUGUGGCCUAAGAUUGGCUGCCUGCUCUUGGGACGGGUCAGUCGUUUUCAUCGAAUUUACGCAGCAGGAGCUUGGCCAGCCACUAGACCACACAGAGCAGAAUUUAGAGCCUGCUGCAGCGAGAUACUCUCUAGUAAACAGCAACGAGAUUAAUUUGAAUAAAAAGAUAGAAUGCGUACAGCAGAGAAGUAAGCAAUCGGAUGUCAUUUUACAGAGCACUCUCCACGAACGUAUGUAUGGUAAACCACUGGUUCAAGGGGGUUGUAUGGUCAUGGAGGCCCCUGAGCUGCUCAAUUUGAAACCUCCAGCGCCACCCUCUCAGCCUUGUCCACCGCGGCCAGUACCGGCUAACAAUACACCUCCUCCUUCUAUAACUUCGACACCAGCUAAAGGCCCUAUCAAUAAACAAAUUGAGACGAGGACCUCGGAUGGAAGGAGAAGAAUUACACCCAUGUUCAUACCGCCACCACCAGACACAAUGGACACAUCGAUAGGUGGAGGUGUAGGGCCCCCGACGUUUACAAGCACAUCACAAACGAAGAGUUCUAUUAUCAUAGAGAAACGAGACGAUGUUGUUACUCCCAAUGUCAGUUCAGCAUUGAAUGCCACACUGCCUGCAACACCAGUGCCGACACUGACGUUAAAACGUCGUGAACAGACUGCCUCGAAACCGCAUCAUUCUACCCUUAGCAAAAGACUGAAAUUAGUUGCAGAAAGAAGUGCAAAUCACAUUGUUUUCCCUGCGAUAAAGCCAUCCAGCUCUUUGUCUCAACAAGCCGGACACUAUGCAGUGACCAUCACAAGUAGUCAAGGAUUGGCUCACCUGCAAGUAUUCAGGGGCACCGAUUCCGAACCUAUUUGGGAACUGUACCUCGGUUAUAAUGCGGUGGCCUUGGCCGCUUCCCCGGCAGUUAUAGUGUUAGCACUAGAAGACGGCAGUAUUCACACUUUUCAUCCAGCUAAAGGAUCGAGACCUGCUCCUCCACUGGCUCCUCCAGCACCACUGGCCAAAUUAUAUGCCAUUGGAAACAUGGUAAUGGUCAUAUCAAGCUGCGGUGCCGUCAGAGUAUGGGAAUUCGGUCCAUCUCCUCGUCUCAUCGUCUCAACUUCAGCAGUUCAUUUAGUCUCACCUGGAGCAUCACUCUUGUCCUGUACCAUACACAACGGGAUGCCACAUUUAUCAUUUACGAACGCCCGAGCUUACAUAUAUCACAAAGAAAUGGGUACUUGGCUGUUGAUUGGUGAUAACCAGGAUCCGGUAUGGCGUUGGUCGUCUCAAGUGGCUUCCAGCACGUCUGGUGGCAGAGCGCCGCGAGGCCCACUAUCAUCGUUGCAGGAAGCUCUUCAGCGUACAGCGGGAAGUGCGCCACCACACCCGAGACCACCUCACAGUGCGCCAAGUGUUGUUGCUUAUUUGGAGCAACAACUUCUCGCUUCGAAAGCGCUCGGGAGUUCGCAAGAAUACGUCCACUGGCUUAUGGCAUUAGUAUCUUUUUUGUUAACUCAAGAUGGAUUAGAGAAACGUUUAAGGAUAAUACUCGACGAUUUAUUGGGACCGAGUCAUGGAUCGGCUGCAAAAAGUGCCUGGGAACCUACAAUGCUGGGGAUGAACAAACACAAGUUGCUGAGCGACGUAUUGGCUGUUGUUGGGGGGCAUCUGCGCUGGCAAAGGCUGUAUCUGGAAUAUGCUGAACAGUUAGCAGCGAUGAAACAGACAUGAUAACGGUACGACGACACGGUAGACUGAAUUUUCAUUGCAACAAUGAUAUUUAUAUAUAUAUAUAUAUACAUAUAUAUACAUAUAUACAUAGGUAUACCUAACUACUAUACAAAAUGUAUAUUUAUUGCAACAUUUAUCAAUGAAGACUGUACAGAUUUUUAUAUUUUACGUUGUAUGAUAGUGAAAAUAAAUUAUUA